CUCGUUUGUAAUGCUGGACAGCGUUUAACUGGGAUGAUCUCGUCAUGGAGUAUGGAUAUCAAUUGAGACCUGAGAAGUGGAAGGAUCUUUAAGUUCAUCUUCUCCAAUCCACCCUUCCAUGCGCGCCAAAUUUGGUUCUUCAUUCACCAAAGGCACCAUUUUUGCUCGUUCUCAUACUCUUCCAACUCGAUUGUGAUUGUAGUUUCUGUUCAGACUUCAGAGUAUGCGUAUGACACCCGGAAGUGGCACUGCACCCCUACGAGCUGACAGAUAUUCAAUUAGAUAUAUCCUUCAAUAACUCUACAAGCUCCGAUCACACAUUCUCUUCGAAAAUGCGAAGGCCGGGGCAUCGGCACCAGCUGAAGCAGCAUUUGGGAUUGGGAGUGAAGGGAAUGUUUGGAAAGCUUACAGUUGCUGCUAUCGUACUUGUGAUCUGUAUGGUUUGGCUUUUCUCAGCUUCCAUGACGAGUAAUAAUAACUCUCCAGCCGAGAUUGAUGUAGAGACACUUUGGAGAACUGCAGAUUCUGGGGGCUGGAGGCCAUCAUCUGCACCACGUUCUGAUUGGCCUCCUCCUUCUAGUGAGACCAAUGGGUAUCUGCGUGUUCGCUGCAAUGGUGGUCUGAAUCAACAACGCAGUGCGAUUUGUAAUGCAGUACUUGCUGCAAGAAUUAUGAAUGCGACCCUUGUGCUGCCUGAGUUGGAUGCAAACUCAUUCUGGCAUGAUGACAGUGGUUUUCAUGGUAUCUAUGAUGUUGAGCAUUUUAUCAACACAUUGAGGUAUGAUGUAAAAAUUGUGGGGAGGAUUCCUGAAAUUCAGAAAAAGGGGAAGACUAAGAAAAUAAAAGCAUUUCAGCUUAGGCCACCAAGAGAUGCUCCUAUUAGUUGGUAUACAACAGUUGCUAUUGAGAAGAUGAAGGAACAUGGUGCUAUUUAUCUAACUCCCUUUUCACACCGUCUGGCAGAAGAGAUUGACAAUGCCGAGUACCAACGACUGAGGUGUAGAGUUAACUAUCACGCUCUUAGGUUUAAGCCACAUAUUAUGGAACUGAGCACUGCAAUUGUGAAUAGACUUCGUACUCAAGGGCACUUUAUGUCAAUACACCUACGGUUUGAGAUGGACAUGCUGGCAUUCGCUGGGUGUUAUGAUAUAUUUACCCCUGGAGAGCAAAAAAUCUUGAAAAAGUAUAGGAUGGAAAAUUUUGCAGAGAAGAAACUUGUCUAUAGUGAAAGGCGGGCAAUUGGGAAAUGCCCAUUAACUCCAGAAGAGGUUGGUCUACUCUUGCACGCGAUUGGGUUUGACAACUCUACGAGGAUAUAUUUAGCGGCAGGCGAUCUAUUCGGCGGGGAACGGUUCAUGAAGCCUUUGAGGUCCAUGUUUCCACGCCUGGAGAAUCAUAGCACGGUCGACACCUCAGGUGAAUUAUCAAGGAACAACAGAGGAUUGCUAGGUUCCGCUGUGGAUUACAUGGUAUGUCUCCUGUCCGACAUUUUCAUGCCAACCUAUGAUGGUCCGAGCAACUUUGCCAAUAACCUCCUCGGACACCGACUCUACUAUGGUUUCCGCACUACUAUAAGACCGGACCGCAAAAAUCUUGCCCCUAUCUUUAUUGAUAGAGAGAAGGGGAGGAAGAGUGAGGAGUUUGAAGAAGCGGUCAGGCGAGUCAUGUUGAAAACUAAUUUCGGCGGGCCUCACAAGAGGGUUUCACCAGAAUCAUUCUAUACAAAUUCGUGGCCAGAAUGUUUUUGCCAGAAAUCGGCUGCUGCAUACAGUGCUCACAAGUGUCCACCGGAUGAUGUGUUGGAAGUGUUGGAGAGUAGACUGGAGAAGGAAGCAGGAAAUGUGAGUUCGGUUGGCACAGAUAGAUACAGCCUAUAAGUUUUGGUUUGAGAAAUGACUUGUUUUUAUACUUCCACGGGCAUCACUUCUAACCAUAAUCAAACAUCAAUGCCUAAUUAAUAGCUAGUAAAAAGUACUCCACCUGGCACAAUGGCCCCUGCUACUGAAGGAGGAUAUAAACAAAGGCUUGUAGCUCAGGAAAGUUAUCGAAGGGUUUAACCUUUGAGCUUUGUAUCUUUGGCGGCGUAUUUUAACUUUCCACUAUGGGUUGCCAGAAGUAUACCAUUAAACUUUUGCACCCGGAUUUGAAGCAUGUGGGGCUAAAUGGUAUAUUCAUUGUUUGCUUCACAAAUUUGAAUGAUUUGUAAUAGUGGAAUUCAAACGUAAGAAAUAAGUAACAAGAAGUCUGUCCUUCUAUGCCCGAGAAUGGGUUAGGAGAUUUUUUUUACCAAUGAAUGGGUUAGGAGUUAGGACAGAUGAAUUUUCUCAUGACUUGAACCUAAUAAUUAUCCAAAUAUUUUGUA